CACGAACCGACAUUUUGUUUACGUCGCGACUUGUGGCAUUGACGUGUUUUUAUGAAAUGUGCGAACGCGUCCCUCGAUAGUAUCGUUGUAAUAAGUUUUAUUUAAAAUGCGUGUAUUUAAAUACGAUGUUGUUCAACUAAUUACUGCAAUUCAUAAACGACCUUGCUUGUGGGAUAAAACAGUUGAGAUUUACAAAGAUCGCACAGAACGGAGAACCGCUUGGGAAGAAGUUUUCACAAUAGUAGACGAUGGUUAUAAUGAUUUAAGUGCUGAGGAGAAACGAAUUACCGGAGAGAAAAUUAUAUGUAAAUGGACGAACAUACGCGAUACUUUCGUUAAAUCGCUUAGAACUCGCAUGGGUGCACCAAAAAGGAAAUACGUUUACUACGACCAUCUAACCUUUCUUUUAAAGUCUCAAGCAGAGGAAUUCGACACCAACGGCGAACCCGUGUUCUUUAUAAACCAUGAUAACACGCCUAAAAAAGACGGUUCUAGAAAACGAUCGAGAAGAACGGAGCCUGUUACGUCUGAGAGCGAUUAUGAACAGAAUCAGAAUUCAGAAGUUAUGUUAGAACAAUCUCAAAGUGACAAUGAAAUUGAGCAAAGUGUAUUGGUAGAUACAAGCGAUGCUAGAGUAAUGAAUGAAGACGAGGCUUUCUUUGCGUCACUCCUACCUUCAGUAGUAAAAUAUAAUGAAGAUGAAAGGCUGGAAUUCAGAAUGGAAGUAUUAGGAGUCAUGAAGAAAAUAAGAGAUAAAAGACAUUGGAGUACAAAAAUUGAAUGAAGUAAAAUGCUGUGAGAGAAAAUAAUUCGAUAUUACGAAACCCAGUAAGCAAAUUUAAAAUCUUACCAGAAGGUCAGAUAAGAUCUUGGUAAUUUAAAAUGCGAGAACGUGUACGAACAUAGUGAAAAUUGUAUAAACACAUUUUAAGUUAAUUAAGCUAAUAUGAUAUGUUAUGUUA